GGCAAUUUCAUGAGCUGCACUUUUCAGCUUCUAUCGGCGCUUUUGGCAUUUUUGGCGUUUCUCGCAUUUUAGCAUUUUCCAUCUGAUCUUAUUUUUAUUUUUAUUUUUAUAUAUUUAUUAUUUUUAUUAUUCUACCUUUGUACGUUCUAGGUAACUUCUAGACUCUUUCCCGCCUUGCCGGUAUCGUCCGACUCCGAUUCCAUUAACCCAAUUUGUUGACUUUCCACUACUUGCCUUGGCCUACCUUGGAUAAGCCAAUUCCUCUAACUAGCAAAAGUCAAAUCAUGACGGCGAAGACACUUCGCCCACGACAUCCAACUUGAGAAUGGGGUAAAAAUAUGCUUGGUGAGCUGCGCCGAGUUUGUUCAGAGGCACUAAGCAGCAUCGUCACCAAGCAGCAGACAGACUAUAUACAUACAUGCCAAAGGCAUAACCAUGAUGGACCCCGCCUCCGUUUCUUUCCCACAACCGCCGCCGCCGCCGCCGCCGCCGCCACUACCACCACCACUACUACAACAACAACAACAACAGCAGCAGCAGCAGCAGCAGCAGCAGCAGCACCAACAGCAAACGUCUCAACCACCUCCUCCAAGAACCGAGGCUUCGCUGUCGCACGAACUUCACCAUCAUAACCAUCACCCUCAACAAUCGCAUCACUUCCGUGUCCCAACCCUCUCAUCGCAUACGAACCUCGAUCUAUCCACUCUCGAUCCUACCGAUCCCAUCUUCCAACAAGACCUCCAACAAGACCUCCAACGCCUACAAGCCCUACCCGCCAUCCCCGUCGUCCCGGGCGACUAUACUUCGCAUGUUCAAGAUGAUUUCGAUAAUGAGCCAAAUGCGGCUCACAUGCUCCAGCGCUCCCAUAACGAAACGACUUCUGACAUCCGCCGAACUCCACAUCAACACCAUACCUCUCUCCCUCUAUCGUCGCACUCGGCGCCGCCUGCCUCCAGUCAAUUCGGCAUCCUAACGCACAAUGGCAUGUCUCCAACUGCUAUCUCCCAGCUUCAACAAGACGAGGACAUAUUCAUCCAAUCGGCGCAAGUCAAUUCCUCAGCUGCCGAAUCCUCAGAGCCGAGGCCCCACGGCCAAUUGGUCAAUAGGAUAGUCGUUGACCCACCCGAUCUUCAAGCUUGGCGCGAGAAGCUAUUUAAUGUCGAUGAUACGAUUAUCUUGACCAAUGACCAAUUCGAGACGUACUUCCCCCAUAUCGACAAUGUUUACUCACAUCGUUCCACCCAAAAGUACAAGCGCAAGCCUUUUAUAUCGCACUACUGGGAUUGCCGAAUGAAGGGACGACCACCGGGAACGCCCAAAUCGGAUGACCCUUCCAAGAAGAAGCGCAAGCGGAAUGCGCGCGAGAGAGAUCUAUGCGAUGUUAAGAUCAAGAUUACCGAAUACUUUCCGGGAGCGACGAUCCUACCUGGUGACGUGGACUCGAACCUCAAUUUAGCUUCGCCAAGUGUUUACCAAUCUCCACAACAGCCGAUGUUUAGCGACGGUCUACCACGGCCUAUGGAUGCUCAUCUCAACGGAGAGAAAUUCUGGACAAUACAAAGAGUCAAUGGCAAUGGCGGGAACGGUAAGGGCGACGGCGUCGCUGGUCCUCACAAGCAUAGCCUAGAGAAGAGCGAUGAGAUCAAGAAGUCAACCGUACAGAGGUAUAUUGCCUCGCAAGAAAAAGAAGCGAAGAAGAUUCAGAAGCCUUUACCUAGGAGGAUGUCAGGAGCUGCACUUGCAACCGCGAAAAAGCACUCGAAGGAGCACGAAUUAAAGCUCUAUGCUGCUUGCUUUUGCCCUUUUUCGCAGAGAGUAUGGAUUGCUCUGGAAGCGAAGGGUAUGCAGUAUCAAUAUUGCGAGACAGAUCCGUUCAAGCGCCCAACACAGUUGCUAGAAGCAAAUCCACGAGGCCUGGUUCCAGCUAUUCGUGAAGGCGACUGGGCCAGCGGUGAGAGUGCCAUCAUCUUGGAAUACCUUGAGGACCAUAACCAAAGGGUACCCCUCUCUCCCACAGACCCUAGACUAAAAGCAAACUGUAGACUAUGGAUCGACCAUAUCAAUGCAAGGAUAGUUCCGGCUUUCUUCGCUCUCGCGAGGGCUACUGAUUUCGCAAAGCAAUCGGAAUACGCAGAGAGGCUCCGGAGUGAGAUAACGGCCCUUGUUCAAGCCGCUAACGACAGGGGUCCAUACUUCCUCGGAGAAGAUCUAUGCCUCGUAGACAUUCAUUUUGCUCCGUUCGUCCUCCGAAUGUCCCGCAUACUCCGAGAGCUCCGUAACUGGGGCGAUCCCGCGCCGGGAACACGUUGGCAACAGUGGGCUGAGGCGCUUGAACAGAACCGACAUGUCCAAGCUACAACUAGCCAGAAAGAGCUCUAUAUCGAAACCUUGGACCUCUUCCUUAAUAGCCGUCAACCCCAUAGCGAACACUUCGGGUCGUAAUAUAAUAAUAGGAUAUAUCAUCGCCGCUACGUACUCUUCUACAUACAUAUUGGAUACUUACAUA